AUGGGUCACCGAGCCAACAGCGCUGCCCUCCAGCUGGUGGGCUUUGUGCUGGGCGCAGUGGGCUGGAUUGGUUCAGUCGUUGCCACCGGGCUGGUUCAGUGGAGAGUGUGGCACAUGAGCUUGGUGGAGGUCACCUCGGGCAUUGCCUGGGUUGGCAUCUGGAGGGUCUGCUUCUACAGCCAAGCACUGACCACCCCACCCUUCCGGCGGAUGUCCUGCCAGAGACUCGGCGCGCUCGAUCAGUUUGUCCCACCUGAGAUUGGCAUCGCCCAGGGGCUGUUGCUGGUGGCCGUGGUUUUUGGGGCCCUGGGGAAAGCCACCACCAUCUACGGGCUGAGGAACGUCUAUUUUGGCGGAGAGCAGCGUCCCAGGCUCGCGCUUGUGGUUGGUGGGGGUCUCCAUCUCCUCGCUUGCGUCUGCGUGGUGAUUCCUGCUGUCUGGAACUUGAGCUCGGUGGUGAGUAAUCAGGCCAUAGCAUUUCCACCUCACUUCCACCUGCCCGGCUCUCCGCAGCGCCAGGAGUUGGGAGCGGCUGUCUAUAUAGCGAUUUUCUCGGCUGCCUUGCUUUUCCUCGCCGGGGUCUUCCUGGUGAGUUACGGCCCCGCCACGGUCAAGAUACAUCCUUCCACUGACUUCUCCGACCGCUCCAGCCUGGUCUCUGGGGGAUCGCUGAGAAUGGAGAGCUGCUCAUUUGCGAAGAAUGUCUCCAGAUGUUCCCUGUCCAGCUACGGAGUGGACAGUCCGGCAUUCGAUCCUGAGGACAAUCUUUAA